UUAUGGCACCUUGUAGAGAAACCAGGGAAAGCAUCUUUAAAAUCAUCAGAGUCAGUCAUUCAAGCAACUUUUAUGAUAAUACAAUGGACUGCACCAGCUGAUGAUGGAGGAAGUCCGAUUACAGGAUACCGAAUGAUCUUACAAAAGGGUGAAACUGAGAUAAAAAAGGAUAAUAUCACCGAUCCUGGAACGACAACUUAUUCGUUGCGUGGUUUGGAGAGAAAUACAAACUACACGGUGAAACUGUUUUCCAGAAAUUUUGUGUUCGAGGGAGAUCCUAAUGUAAGGACGAUUAGGACCAAGUUUGAAGGUGAGGAAUCACAAGUGAUUUCGUUACUGAGCACGAUUGAUUAGAUUUGUUGUGAGUUACAUCAGUUUUUACAAUGUUUUUUUUUACAAAAGAAUUCAACCUCCUUAGCUCCCAUAGCCAUCAGAAUUUCUACUUAAUUUAUUGACAUUAAACAAAACCUUCAAAACCUUCCGUUGCAUGUUUUACACAUGUAGUACUUCUUGUGUUAAAGCUAAGUUUGGUUUGUUUCAAACCUUGUCACGGACUUACAAAUGAGCAGUUGAAGAACCAAAUUAAGUCCGAGAUACCGUCAAUAAAAUGAUACUCCUAGGUAUAUAUUGUCUUCUCAAUACCAUAGCUUGUUUUCAUUUCGCAGGGAUAGGCCCAAACCAAAACAAAUAAGGUUGUCUUUCUCAGGAAAGUUUCUGUCGAACUUCAUCCGGCACAUAUCUCACUCAACAAAAAGUAUUGUGGCAACAGGCGUGAAUUUAGUAACAGAAGUUGAGAAGUUGAACAUGGCUACAAAAUUCGUAGCACCUGUCAUCGCUUUAGCGCUUCUUGUCAUUGUUUCCUCAGUUGGCAAACCCCCUGUAGAGAAAAGUUUGUUUUCUCGGCGGAAAAACUCGCGUCAGUCUAUGUUUGCUGAAGAAGAAUCGUAGCCCUGAACGCUUAAAUGGCUCGAGAUGCAGAGCAUGCGUACUCAUUUUCCCGCUGUGUCAUGGCCGAGUGUCUGUACUUAGUCUUGCGCGAUGUCAAACUUUCUGUAAUAACGUAGCACAAAUGAAUGCAUUUUGUUUUAAGCUACAAUCGACUAUCAUCACUUUUUUUCCUUUAAAAUUAUUUUAAAUUUCUUCAAUUAAUUUUGCUUGCCAUACACGUUCGUUUCAAAAAUAUCCCAAAAAAUCCUCCACCAAUUCACAGAUUAUCUUAUCACCGACAAGAGUUGUGACCAGGUUUUUAUCAAGAAGUUGAAUAAUUAUUAGAAAUUUCACACUAGUCAUGUUGUUGACGUCAAUCUAGGAGCCCCAGGUGUGGUCGAAAUAGACGACCUGCCAGGUGAAACGACAGACGAUACAAUUACCCUAAAGUGGAAGGAGCCAGAAAGUAAUGGAAAAGUUGUUAUCAUGUAUUCAGUGUACCAAAGGGUAGUGACUGAUGGGAAAGUGGGACAGUGGACAGAAAUAAGGAGAAUCAGAGAUGUUUCUGUGAGAGAAUUGAAAAUAGCAUUGGAGAGAGGAAAAGUGUAUCAGUUUGCCAUUACUGCAACUAAUGAGCUUGGUGAAAGCCUAAAACAAGACAAAGCGAAUGUCCAGCAAGUCAAGGCAGAAGGAAGUAUGUACAAAUGAAUUUUAUUUUCCUCUUUCAACGGUUUAUCCUUUUCUUUACUUAGUUUUCAAGCACUCUCUAUGUCAUCAGCAUCGAGGUUUUAUGGGUGAAUUAUUCGCUUGCAAAAACCUGUAUCAAUGAGAAACAUUUCACUUACGUCGCAGUUGAUAUUUGUGUGCCAACUGCAAGGAUAUGGCAUAUCUAUUAAAUGAGAUUUUAUUUAUUGGCUGGCACACAGGUAUUUUGGGGAGUUUACUGACACAUGCUCAUCUGAAUCGGACAGAGAACUCUGCAAAACUUCAGUUUUAUCUUCUCACACUUAAAUUGACUGCUUUUUCCUUUCCUUUGCCGCCAUCAUUCAGUUGAUGCCUCUCUCCCACAAAAACAUUUUCACCCUUCCACACUAAAUUCAGAGACCUUUCCUCUCAUUUUCAUCACCACGGCACUUUAUUCUUUAUACCGAUGAGAGCGACUUUGCACUUAGCCCCCUGUUCGCGCCUUAAUUUCUGAACCACGAGAACUUAAAUUAAGGAUGUAUGAUCACGUAGCCUCACGCUGCGAACAGAGAGGUUGUCAAUCUUUUCACUGGUUUUCUUCGGUGAAGCCAUAAAGUUCUUUUAAGUUCUUUCUGUCUGUAGUCGCUCUCUCUCUCUAUUUCCAGCCUAUUUGCACUUAAAAAUCUUUCUCGACGAACUCAAAUUAUAACAAUUUUGUCCGUUUGGAAAAGCUUUAGCUCUUAGUAUUGUUGUUUUGCAAGUUAAUUUCUGGCAGAAAUUGAAAAAUACCAAAAUUGAACUCAGAACAGAACUCACGAAAAAAAACCUCUCAAAUUGGCCCUCCUAACCGUACAGUUUAUGUGGAGUGUUUUUGUAAGUAAAGGCUGUUUUAUACAUGAGUUUAAAUGAUAAUUCUUAUACAUACAAACAAACGUUCAUUUUAAGUCGUAUUUUGUUUUUCCCUGUUCAAACAGUAAGCACAGACGUUUACCUGACAGCGACAAUAAAGGAGAACUGUAGCAGACGUACAGAAGUUGCUGCGAAAUUUCCAGAAAUGGUUAGAUAAUCUACUCGAUCCAUAUACCAGAGAAAAUGUAAUACUACCAUAAGAUUCUGUUCUUGAAUGAAAUCUUAAUAUUUCUAUUAAAAAAAAUAUGAUAUCUUGAACGAUCUUCAAUAUGUAACAAGCAUGCAUUUGAAAAUCCUUUUUUUCUUUAUAUGUCCUUUUAGGCUUGUCAAAUUGCCUUUAGGUUUGGCUGCUCAUCCGCCAACACUGUGAACACCAGGUAAGGUACAAUUUGUUUUUUACACUAAAAAAAACCAACGGGGGGGAGCUUUAUCUCAUAGUGGCGUAUUUUAGCGUGAAAACUGGUUUUUCUGCUUUAUAAAAUCUUAUUUAAUUGGAAAUAAUUUGCAUUUGAAGUGCAUUUUGUUUAGUGUACAGAAAUAUAAUGACACAGAAUGACAUGAAUUAAUUUUAUUUACCUUGGUUUAUAACAUAAAAAGUACUCUUUUGGUUACAGUUCAAUGUAUUUUAACACUUAAAAGUCACUAAAGUACAAAUAUGUGUGAUGAUACUCUUUGCUUCCCUCCUUAUCUAGGUGUGGCAGUGUCGUUCUUGACUUCAUGAUGAGGUUCAAUCACAGUGUAGUCGUUAGCAAUGUUUUAAUUGUCUUGUCGGAUGCUGUAAGGCAAGACAAAUUCGGAGGUUUUAAAGUCAAUCCAGACUCAAUUAAGCAGGUUUCUAUAUCCACAGACGGCUCGGAAAGCACAACAAAAGGUAAAUUUUACAAAGAAAUUGUUAAAUGUUUACACAUAUUCUUCCGAAAACGGACUUUUUCUAAUUGUAUUCCGUAUCUGUUUAAUUCAAAAACUCAUUUCUGUGAGUGAUAUAUUUCCAGGUUUUUGUUUUUGCCGUUGCUGUUGCUUUUGUUCAUCUAAACAAAAUCCUACUUUUAAAAAUUAUUAUAGAGAGAGUAACACCUUACUUUUCCUUCGUACCAAGCCAAUUAGAGUAAACGUUUUUCGGUCAUAAGUCUAAGCUAUGUAGUGAGAGCAGUGUAUCGACCAGGAUCAGUGUUAAUGUUGUUUGAAUGUUAUUUCAUCAAGCUUUGUAAAAUAACUCAUUUUAGGUCCUGAGGAAUGUAACUGCCCAUCUAACAACGUCUUGUUAGCCAUAAUUGGGGUUCUUGCCUUCACAAUCCUUCUUCUAAUUAUUUACAUAAUCUGGCUACACAGGAAAGGUAGGUAAAAAAUCAUUAUUUAUGAUAGAGGGUUUGGCUUCAAGAUUCAUUUAUGAGCGAAAGCAAAUUUUGACCCACAUCCGCAUCAUUUGUCUUUUUUUUUCCUUUCGUUCUUUUUUUAGGCGCUGUAGGGAAAGAGAGGUAAGAAUUUGCUGCCAGUUGGAUUUUGUCGAUGUCAUGUAACAGAUAUGGUUUCAUCGUAACAAAAACAAUUCUACUUAAAGCUGAUGAAAUUCUCAGCUUUUUGUAAAUAUUUGUAUGCUUUCUCAAUUGUAGGACUUAUAAAGAUGAAAGAGGUGAUUAUGACGUAAGUAAGAGCCAGGACAUUGCAGAAAUUACGUAAUCUCCUUUACUUCUACUUUCUAUAAGAAAUUAAACGCUUGCAGCAAACAAGAAGGAAAAAGGCGUAGUUCUACAACAAAAAAGCAUAUUGCAUUUGUGGCAGAUACAAUGAAAUAGAAGGAAGUCAGACUCAAUAAAGUCUUUGUCCUGGGAUCAUGUCCUUAACCAAGAUACUCCACGGAUUUGCCUUCGGUUUUCCCUGGUUUAACUUGGCUGCUUCACUUCGUAGAUCGCUAACUGGUCUGCACCCGGUUGAUAUUUGCUCUCUAAAUAAUUGUUUUUGCGCAUUUUUGGCCUUCUUAUUUUCUUGAUGCCUUACUUUCUAAACGUUAAUUUAGGAACUGAUAACAGCUACAGUUUUUCGUGCGUGCAUUUUUCAAAAAUUGCACUACCAAUCGUAAAUCUCCAUGUUGUAGCUUCGGCGAAUAUGCUAUGAACCUCGAUCACUCCAUUGGACAUAACAGUUUCAAAAGCAGAGGAAAAAACCGUUAAUAAUAGUAAAUGUUCAUAAUGAUAAGGACAAGAGAUAGUAAACCAUUUGUAAUCUCUUGUUAGGGAAGGAUUUAAAUCUUUGUGUGAUAAACCAUGAGUAAACUGAUUUUUAUAACCAUGUGGGACUUUUUACCGGGAUUAAUAACAGAUUUAUAUAUGGAUACCUUAACGGUAUGUUGGUUUAAUAGAAUGAAACAGGAUUAGAUGAUAUCGAACCAACUAUACCCGAGUCGAGAAAACUCACUCAGCCUCCUGCGGAAUACAUGGAUCUCAUAGAAGUCAACAAAGAUAAUAGAAAAGCACAAAGUACCGCUUCAGGUGCCGAUUACGUGCCUCUUCAUCCGUUAGCACGCUGCUGGGAAGUUCCAAGACACCACGUGACCAUAGAAAAAAUCAUUGGUAAAGGUGCUUUUGGUCAAGUUGCCAAGGGAACAGUGGUAGGACUUCGAGGGAGUCCCAGAAACGACCACAGUGGCUAUUAAGAUGCUUAAAAGUGAGCUCUUAUACUGUAAAUAGAAUAACAGUCUUGGCGUACAGUCAUUCAGGAAAUGUUACCGGGUUACCGUAAUUUUUUAGCUAUUUGCCAUAUCAUAACUUAUUUCGGCAUUUCGCAUGUUAUUCCCGUUAACCAAUUUUUAUUCCUUGUUUUUAAUGCUCCAGCAAACGCAGCUGAAUCGGACAAGAGAGAUUUGAUGAAUGAACUUGACACAAUGAAGCAGCUGAAACCACAUCCUCACGUCAUUAAACUACUGGGAUGUGUUACAGAAUCUGGUAUGCUUUGGUUAUGCGGGUCUAAUUUUGCUGUACACAUUUUGGUUAUGGUUUACUCUGAAACGCUUUCUAGUCAUUGAUAAUUUGCUUUAAUGGAAGAUUCACUGCUUCACCGUUGAGCACGACAAACAACCCUGGUAUAAGGUAAUUUUAUAUUUUUUUAGCCAACAAAGACGCUCCUGGAUUUACUGAUAGCCUAAGACCAAAUAUUUGCCACUGAACAGGCUAGAAAGCAACAAGCAGAAACGCUUGUUGUAAGGGAAUAUUUAGUCCGUUUCUUCUUGAGAGAACAUUACAUAGUUUUUCAGCUUUUCUUGGUAAAACCAUCUUGUUUUCGUGAGUAUUGAUCAUAAUUGGGCUAUUUAUUGAUUUUAUUUAUUGAAAUUUCAUCUUUUUUCAGUAAUUUAUCAAUUAAAUUGUUUAAUUUCUUCAGAACAGCUGUUGGUUUUGAUUGAAUAUGUGCCUUUUGGGGAUCUACUGGGUUACCUGAGAAAGAGCCGGGGAUUAAAGGACACAUACUACAAGGACCCGGAUUUUAAACCGCAAACAAAUUUGACGUCACAGCAGCUGAUGAAGUUUGCUUGGCAAAUUGCUGAUGGAAUGUGUUACUUGUCCUCAAAAUCUGUAAGUUAAUUAAGAAUACAAAAGACAAACAAUUCUGAAACCUUCUGGUAAGGUGUAUCGUCAUGUUAAGCUCUGUCUUGCAUAGAAUAUUAUGUCUUCACAAGAUCACGCCCGGGAGAUGCAAACGUAUUCUUACCGUCUUGUUGAGGCCACCUCUUUAGGGCCGGAACCCUCUCAAUUUUGACGUCAUCUAAGUUUUAUUCCAAUGGGUGAAUGACCAUAUUUCUGCAUCGUUGCAAGUGUACCCCAUCGAUAUAAAAUAUCUUGGUUUUUCUCGUGUAGGCAAAGGCAGAGACGAGAGUGAAAAGGAUCCUUCAGGAUAUUUAGCCUAAACUGUGUGUACAACAAAUAUCCAUUUUAGUGACAAGGAAGAAAAAGAAUUAAAUCUUGAAAUUCAAAAAUUCGUCUUUGGUCGUUAAUCUGCUACGUUACAGAAUCCUAUUUCGAUUAAAAUCUGAUAAGCGUUCUAUGAAAUAACUGCGUAUUGCACAAAUAAAGUAGUUUGCUUCUCUCUGGAAUAUGGAGCAGUGUUUAUAGUAAUUUAAUUUUCUGCCAUCUGGAAGAAAGAGAAAUACACACAUCAUAUCAUGUUGCUUGAUAUUACUAUUUUCCUAUCUGAACCAUUUCAUUUCAGUUCUUUUUCUUAUGCAAUCGCUAAUUUCUUUUUGUUGCAUCAAUUCUUUCCUAGAUCAUUCACCGAGACCUUGCGGCCCGCAAUGUGUUGGUUGGACAAAAGGAAACGUGUAAAGUGACAGACUUCGGAAUGGCCAGAGAUGUGCAGAAGGAAAAUAUUUAUGAACGAAAGACUAAGGUAAUCAAGAAAGAGGGAAGGUGCUAAAGCUGAUAUAUUCCUGAUUUCGAUCAUGAAUUCCUUGGAAUGAACCCCAAUAAAAAUAUUAGCCAUGCGUACACGAGUCUAACUUCGAAUAUCAUUGUCUUUGACUAGUCGCUUCCUAUCAUUUUUGAGCUGCUUCACAAAGUGAUAUUUUAAAUGUUUAGGGCCGUCUUCCCGUGAAGUGGACAGCUUAUGAGGCCUUGUUGUAUGGUAAAUAUACCACCAAAAGUGACGUGUAAGUGUUACCCGUAGCAGUUUUCCAACAAGUUUUAUCAAUUUUUAUCAAGAAAUUAAUUCUAUGCUUUUUUUCAAAGGAUACAUAUAUUUUAUUUGUGAUAUAUACUGUUUAAGUCUACCAUAUUAUUUCUGCAGAUGGAGUUAUGGAGUUUUGCUGUACGAGAUUUUCACCAUAGGUAACAUCGAAUGGAAGUUUAUAAGGCUCUGUGGAUGUUUUUUUUGCUAUAUAACAUGUUUAAUUAAACAAUGCAACGUGUUUAGUUAGACAAAGGUGAUGAGCUUCCCCAUGCAACCUCAAACUCCAUCAAGAGACACAGGUGGUGUUUCAGCAAAGUUCGUUUUUUCGUCACAAUUAUAUUUCGAUGGUCUUGUGGUUCUUUCAGGCGGUUCACCCUACCCACGAAUGGAUGGAAGAAAAAUUGCAAACUUACUUCAGGAUGGAUACAGGAUGCCUAAACCACAACAUGUAGAUGAAAACUUGUAAGUUUUCUUUUUCAAAUCGUUCUCUCUUAUUGUACUGAGAAACGUUGUUUAAAUCUCUAACAGAUCAUUUGAACAAUUCCAGGUAUCAGAUCAUGAUGAAAUGCUGGAAGAAUGAACCAGAUGCAAGACCAACCUUCACUGAAUUGAGAAACCAGCUGAAGGACAUGGAAAACUUACACAAGGUUAGAAUUUUGAUCAACAUGAAAGUUUCUUUUCACGUGAAACCGACUGGUCUAGGCUCAGCUAACUGGGGUUUUAACCUUAACAGCAUUGAGCCAAGAUAGGUUACAAUACGUACUCAUCUCUGUAAUUUUUACGAAGUGUGGAUUCCAUCUUUUUGUGAUGUCACUGUAGCUAGCACUCCGCGAAAAACAGCGGAGAAAUGCGCUCGAAUUUCUCAAUGGCAACUGACACUUUAUGGUUAUUUCAAAGAUCAUAGGAUGAUUGCAAAAGUGUAUUAAGACGCAUGAACGGUAUCAGACGACGAAGCCAUAAAACACUUUCUCCUUGAAUUUGUUUUGGUGAGAAAAGCUGACGGUUAGGAAGGAUAACCGCUCAUAACAUAAGAGGAACACUUUUUUAAUGAUGGUGAUUAUUGUCUUAUUUUUCUCUGCAGAAACUGAUCAACAUGACAAUGUACGACGAACAGUUGUAUGCAAACGUCGAGGAUUUAAUAGUGUAG